GUUUUGACCUGUCUCAAACUUCAGCUUCUCCCUUUACAAUAUGGCGUCCGUUGGAUCCAAAUCGACAGAGGCAGGAAGAAAGGAUGGUGAUAAUUCUGUUAGUCCGCAGAAACGGAAGGCAGACAACGAGGGUGAGGCCAUUACCAAGAAGGCAAGCAAGGAUGACAAGCCUUCAGGUGCGGCACCCAUCAACGUUUCCGUGGGCAAGAAACCUGGCGGCAUCAGUAUGAACUUGGGAGGGUCGAAGAAACUUGGAGUGCCACCAAUAAAAAUGUCAUUGCCUGCACAGGUACAGAAAACAGAGGUGGCAGCAGUAAAACCUAAGAAUGAGAAAAUUGCUUCCGUUUUCAACCCAGAUAGUGAGAGUGAUGAAGAAGAGAUGCCUUUUGAAGCCAAGAUGAGGAUGAGAAAUGUAGGAAGGGAGACUCCAACCGCUGCUGGUCCAAACUCGUUCGGGAAGGGAAAUCUCGGAUUCUGCGACCGUAAUAAAAUGAUAGAGCGAGAUCUGCAAAAGCAAAUGGAACAACUUGGUGAAAAGGCAGACAGUCGACGCCCUAAGACAUGAGUCAUUUGCUGCUGUAAAACACUAAUGAAUAAUAUUAUUGCUCACUGCUGACACUUCUGAACUGUGGGUACCUUUUGACUGCAAAUGGAAUUUAAUAUUAGUUCAUGGGGAAUGCUUGAAAAACAGUUUCAUAGGCAGUAAGUUUUUCAAGGUUUUCUUGUUUUGUCCUCGAAAUGCACAAGUGUGAUUCUAUAGGAUGUUGGCCUAUCGUUCUUGUUCAGUGUAAUUUUUCGUUUUAAUUUGCUCAAUUGUUUGAACAUUAUCAGUUUUAAGAGGAUUGAGCAGGAAUCUCUUGUUUCUUCUUAAAUAUUUUUUUAAUAUUUACUGCAAGUUUGUAAACCCAUCACUAUGUAAAAAUCUCACCUUUGGCUGAGGGCUCAAAGCAUUGUCAUUUCUGCCAAAUUUACUGGAAAUUGGCGGAAAUGUUAUGGUUUGUUAUAUAAACACGGUUUACCUGUAUAGUGAAUGUUGUGAUUUGCAUGGUAUAAUAUCUGUUUGACAAGUAGUUUAAAUGUACUGUUUUACAUAAUCUAGCAAUAAAUUGUGAUUUAUCUAUGUUGUUAAUGUGUAACUUUGUUAAUUUAUAUAUUGAUAUUGUUAGUAAUGGAAUACAAUAAAAUAGUUUGGGACAAUUUAUGAUGAUAUCAGAUCUGCAACUGUAACAUAUUGAAAUCCAGGGUUCUGUUUGAAACCAUAGACUCAAACUUAAUAAUUACCAGUAUUUGUUAUUAUAAUAAAUUAUCAUAACUACGGUUAGUUGGUUUUAUUAUCAGCAUUGAAUUGUUCUUUGGAGAAGUUUUCCAUGUUUUUAUCUUAGAAUUACCAAGUUACUGUCAGAAAACUUGUUUCACUAAAUGCCCAAGCUUAUUGUCAUAUUAUGAGGAAUUUUUGGCAAGUUAUAGCCCUUUAUUUUACAUGUAAUUCAUUUUUAUGUCCCCCACUAUAGUAGUGAGGGACAUAUUGUUUUUGCCCUGUCUGUUGGUCUGUUGGUUUGUUUGCACCAACUUUAACAUUUUGCAAUAACUUUUGCUAUAUUGAAGAUAGAAACUUCAUAUUUGGCAUGCAUGUGUAUCUCAUGAAGCUGCACAUUUUGAGUGGUGAAAAGUCAAGGUCACCCUUCAAGGUCAGAGGUCAAAUAUAUGUGGCCAAAAUCGCUCAUUUUAUGAAUACUUUUGCAAUAUUGAAGAUAGCCACUUGAUAUUUGGCAUGCAUGUGUAUCUCAUGGAGCUGCACAUUUUGAGUGGUGAAAGGUCAAGGUCAAGGUCAUCCUUCAAGGUUAGAGGUCAAAUAUAUGUGGCCCAAAUCGCUUAUUUUAUAAAUUCUUUUGCAAUAUUGAAGAAAGCAACUUGAUAUUUGGCAUGCAUGUGCAUCUCAUGGAGCUGCACAUUUUGAGUGGUGAAAUGUCAAGGUCAAGGUCAUCCUUCAAGGUCAGAGGUCAAAUAUAUGUGGCCCAAAUCGCUUAUUUUAUAAAUACUUUUGCAAUAUUGAAGAUAGCAACUUGAUAUUUUGCAUGCAUGUGUAUCUCAUGAAGCUGCACAUUUUGAGUGGUGAAAGGUCAAGGUCAAGGUUAUCCUUCACAAGGUCAAGGUCAUCCAUCAAGGUCAAACGUCAUAUAGGGGGACAUUGUGUUUCACAAACACAUCUUGUUUAUCCCCUGCCAAAGGCGUUAUAGAAUGGGCAUUGUCCGUCCGUCUGUCACCAAAUUUAUUUUUGGCGGGGGGGGGGAUAUAAAUUCUUUUGGCGAAAAGUGGGAUCUGCAGCCAGAGUCCUAAAAAUCAGCAAGCAACUUCUCUUACAUUUCUCACUUGAAUUUGACAAACUUCUCAAGUGCCCUUUUCAUUUGACAGACUAACCUGCCAAUAAAGACCACUCAAGGGAUGUGAUCGUUGUGGUCUUUGUUCACAGGUGGCCUUUAUUCGCAGGAUAGAUUGAAACUGCAAAAUAGGCUAGUAGGCUUUUAAAAGGUACCUUAUCUAUGUACCUGCUCUAUUGUUUUAAUGUUUGAAUACCUGUACUUAUGCAGUUUAAAUGUAAUAAAGGAUUGAAAACACA